AUUCCACCUUCCACUCACUCAACACGUAGGACAAUAUAAUCGAUCGACAGAAAAAGUAGCUAGCAUCAAUGGCUGCCUGCUCCUCGGUCGUCUUCCUCCUCCUCGCCGCCUUCGUGGCCGGCGCUAGCGCGGCCACCUUCACCAUCACCAACAAGUGCAGCUUCAUGGUGUGGCCGGCGGCGACCCCUGUGGGCGGGGGCGCACAGCUCAGCCCGGGUGGGACCUGGACCAUCACCGUGCCCGCCGGCACCCAGUCCGGCAGGGUGUGGGGCCGCACGGGGUGCUCCUUCAGCGGCGGCAGCGGGCGGUGCACGACCGGCGACUGCGGCGGCGCCUUCUCCUGCACCCUGUCCGGGCAGCCUCCGAUGACGCUGGCGGAGUUCACGAUCGGCGGCGCCAUGGACUCGUACGACAUCUCGGUGAUCGACGGCUUCAACGUCGGCAUGGCCUUCUCAUGCAGCACCGGCGUGGGCCUGGUGUGCCGGGACGCUGGCUGCCCCGAUGCGUACCACCAGCCCCCCGACAGGAAGACCCACACGUGCGCCGCCAACAGCAACUACCAGGUGACCUUCUGCCCGUGAUGAGGCACAGGCAGUACGUUCCUGCCGGUCGAACAAUAAACCAUGCUCGCUUUGCCGUGCAUGAUCGAAGGCAUGAACUCCAGGCAUCCAAUAAUCCAAGAGUGCACGCACGCACAUGUGCCUAGAUUUGUGUACUUACCUUAUUAUAAAUAACAACGUAUGUUUGAUGUUUUUUUUCUCA